AUGACUUGUCUGUAUUUACGUGCGCAUAGUUCUGCAGGCGCCUCCUCAGUCAGCAGACAGUCCUGCCAUAUUGACACAGAGUUGUAUUCUUGGCACAGUCAUCUGGAUUUAGCAGGUAAAACUUUCAAACAUCUGUCAAACUUUCAAUUGUUUGUAUCACCGUUUAUUGUUGUCUGUUCUGUUCUUUUGCCUCUCAUUUCGAUGUGUGUUUUAUUUUGAUAAGAUUCAGACGGUGAAAAUAUUGUAAGUUGCGGUGAAAUUCCAUGCAGACUUUAGAGAGAGUUUAUCAGAUUGACAACACUGCUUUAAAAACACACUAUUUUGGUUUUAAUUUAAGGAUUAGAUAGUUAAUAAUCAAACAUCUGAUUUAAUAUCACUGUUAUUCUUGUACCUGAGUCAUUCAGAUCACCACUAACAAACAAACACCUUAUUGUUACAGCUGAGAUGAUCCACAGUCUGUUCCUGAUCAAUCACUCAGGAGACAUCUUCCUGGAGAAACACUGGAAGAGUGUCAUCGGCCGCAGUGUGUGUGAUUACUUUUUUGAGGUGAAGGAGAAGGCGGUGGACCCGGAGAAUGUGCCCCCAGUCCUGCAGACCCCACACCACUACCUCAUCAGCAUAUACAGGGGGAAGCUCUUCUUCCUGUCUGUCAUCCAGACUGAAGUUCCUCCACUCUUUGUCAUUGAGUUUCUGCACAGAGUGGCAGACACAAUUCAGGUGGGAUCUCAACUCCUAAGCUUAUUUUUUAUCAUGAUUCAACUUUUCAAAAGUUGAUUUGUAGCUUUGGGUGUUAAGUAGGUUAAAGGGAUAUCCCGGCGUCAAAUUAAUUUAGGGUCAAACACACCGUAACACCGAGUCAGACACCCCCUCGAGAAAUGAAUGUUGCCUACCACUUGCUUCUCGAGUUAUACCAACUUUAGUAACAACUGCACGAUAGCAAUACACAGCAGUCUGAGGAGCCAUAAACAAACAUUUCUUCAUGGAAAUGCAAUCAGACCGAGACGCUAAGGCAGAAGAACUACCGCGUCUGCAGAGCAAAAUGAUUAACAUGGUGAUUAUUACUUUUAAAAAAUGAUAAAGAAACGAUCAUUAAUGUUCUUCCUUGAGCUGCGUCACCCCGCUGUAGUCCAUAAUGGACUGGCCUGAGGUCUCUCUACAAACAAGAGGCUGUUGGAAGAGAGUAGCUGAGUUGUGUUUAGUCUCUUUGCUAAAGAAAUGAGUCAAAGUUAAAAAGAUGUUUGGUGGCUAGUACUGUGGCUGGGACCCUGUAUGUACUGUUGAUGAAGUUAGGUGCUGUUCUGAGAAUUAUUUGUGGCUAUAGAGUGGCUUUUUGGUUGAGGUUUGUUUAUGGCUCCUCAGACUGCUGUGUAUUUCUAUCGUGUGGACGUUUCUAAAGUUGGUAUAACUAGAGAAGUAAUUGGUCGGCAACAUUCAUCUCUCGAGGGGUGUCUAACUUGGUGUUAUUGUGCGUCUGACCCUAACUUAAUUUUACACCGGAAUAUCCCUUUAAGGAUACCAGGUCCUGAUCCUGUUCUGUGUCAGACCAAAACUAGAUUACGCCAGAGAGGCCAGACUGUAUUUGUAAAAGGUCAAUAUAAAGAAGGUUUCACAGCUGUUUCAACCUCUGCACCAUGUUGAGCCAUCUUCACAAACAGACAGUGGACUGGAUUUUAAAAAGUCUCUUGUGUCUCUGUAAAGAUCUAGUCUAGGUUUGACAAAGUUAGGUAUCAUGGUUCUCAGCUGAAUCGGAAGCUGAAAUGACACGCUAACUUUAGUGUCAUGUCAUAAAGCAGGAAGAGACCCUGUAUGUCCUCAAUAAACCCUGCUGUGUUUUAUGGUGCUAUUUGCUUUUUUUUUUUAUAACCCAGGAUGCAAAGUAGUCUCACAAGUGAAGAGUGUCUGCAGCCUUAGUUUUCAUGCAUAAAAGAAGGCGUGAAUUAAAGCUUAAAGAGUCAAUGUGCACAAAAAUGCUUGAAUUUCGAGUUUGCUGUUAAUGCAGAGAACUCACCCAUGGUGCAAUUCACAGAGGAAACAUAGGCGCUACUCACAACCACAACAUGUCGGUACAGAAAGCAGAUGGUGUUCCUGUGUGAAGUUGAACUGCAGCCUUAUAGAUAUUUCUAAGAUUAAAGCAGUGUAUCAUGUACUUUAGGGACCACAGUGUUGAUCUUUGGAUGAUACCCGUAGAAACACUUGAAAUAAGUGUGAAGUAUUGUUGUAUUGUAGUAAAUCAAGUGUUUUUGUUUGCAGGACUACUUUGGAGAGUGCUCUGAAAAUGUAAUCAAAGACAACGUGGUGACAGUGUACGAGCUGCUGGAGGAGAUGCUGGACAAUGGCUUCCCUCUUGCAACCGAGUCUAACGUCCUCAAAGAGAUGAUCAGGCCUCCAACCAUCCUGAGGACGGUCGUAAACACACUCACGGGUAAGUGGUGGUCUCCGUGACUCAUCGGUUACAAUCUCUGAUCCGUUGAUGUGUACAAUGCAGUUUUUGAUAAUCUGUUUGUGUGUUUUUAAGGUGGAAGUAAUGUUGGGGACACACUACCAACGGGCCAACUGUCCAACAUCCCGUGGAGGCGAGCGGGUGUGAAAUACACCAAUAAUGAGGCUUAUUUUGAUGUGAUCGAGGAAAUAGACGCCAUUCUGGAUAAAUCAGGUACAAACAACCACUUUUUUGAUCACCAAAGAGGGAGAUGUGCGCUUCAAGUUGUCCACGCUCAUUUCUUGAUCCUCUUUAUUCAGGUACAACAGUGUGUGCAGAGAUCCAGGGUGUAAUUGAAGCCUGUGUGAGGCUCACUGGGAUGCCUGACCUCACUCUUUCUUUCAUGGUGAGUUGAUAUCCUCAUGGCUCUCAUCCUUUUUUGUAUUCAGCUUUUAUGUUUUCUAUCCAAACCAAACCUGUUUCUGUCGUUUCUGUUGUGUGUUUGACGACAGAAUCCUCGUCUCCUCGAUGAUGUGAGUUUUCACCCGUGUGUCCGCUUCAAGCGCUGGGAGUCAGAGCGAGUCCUCUCCUUCAUCCCGCCUGAUGGAAACUUUACACUCAUGAACUAUCAUGUCAGCUCGCAAAAGUGGGUACAGCUGUUUGCAGUAGAUAAGAAUUUGCAAGAGUUUGCAUGAGUUAUCAGCCUGCAUGACAAGAGUAACAUGGUACUUAAAACAAUAAAAUCUUUGUCCCAUGAUCUCAUGAGAGCUUAGUAUGACGGAGGGGACUGAAAUUCUCUCCCAAUCUCUGCAUUAAGGAUUGACAAACCCCACUUGUUUACAAUUUAACUCAUAAACACAGUUGAGUUGCUUUUUUAUUUGCUGAAUCUGUCUGUUUAUUGUGUUUCUGUCCGCAGUCUCGUGGCCAUUCCAGUGUGGGUGAAGCAGAGCAUCAGCUUCUUUGAGUCGGGGCCUUCAGGCCGCCUGGACAUCACUAUCGGACCCAAGCAGACGAUGGGCAAGACGGUGGAGAACCUGAAGGUCACUAUCCACAUGCCAAAAACUGUGGUCAGCGCCAACCUCACAGCCACACAGGGAAACUACACCUUUGACCUCGCUACGAAGGUAACAACAGCUCUGCCAGCAGUUUAGGUAUUCAUAAAUUAUCCGAGGUUCCCCAGUUAGAAUAAUCCUGUGCAAAUGGUAAUUAUAAUAACAAUAAUAACUUUAUUUUUAUAGCACUUCUAAAAACAAAGGUUGACAAAUUGCUUUGACUUGAAGGUCAAUUUCAUUUGUCAUAAAAAACCCAAACAAUACAAGAACCAUGCAACAUAAAAUGAGACCAUGAGGACCAAAAUAAAAAUAUAAAAUAGGUAAGAAGAAGAAAUUUGAUUAAAAAAAGGGGGGGUAGAGAGCAGGAAACAGGAUAUUAAAUAUAAAAAUAUGAUGUUCAUAAAAAAUAAUAAAAUCAUAAUUAAAUAAUAAUAAUGGCUAUAUUAAUGAUAAAAUGGAAUAAUAAAAAUGAGCAGAAAAAAUAAAUCAAAUCAAAUCAAAUCAAUAAAAGGUCUAAAAGGUUAAAUAAGAAAAGAUUGUAAGUAAAACCUAGGCUAAAAGGACAAUAAGUCUAAAUAAGAUAGAGGAUAAAAGAAAAAGAGAACAGACGGCAUCACAUAAAAGCAAGUCCUAAUCUCUAAUCUCCUCUGGCAGGUCGUUCCAAAGUCGAGGAGCUCUGAUGGAGAAAGAUCUGUCUCCUUUAGUUUUGAAUCUCGACUUUGGAACGACCAGGGGACUGUUCUACGAAACAGGUUCAACUUAGCGAGGUAGGCUUGGCGCUACCUCGCUCAACUUAGCGCGGUAGCCAGCGGUCUCGCUACACGGUUUUACGACGCUGGUUAUCAACCUCAUAAGUGGAUCCAGCUCUGCUAUGAGCGCGUGCACACAUAUAAGGCGGAGCCCGCCGCAUCUGACCAAUCACGAACAUCGAUCAGUCUGGAGCGUCAGAGCAGGCUGGCGAGUGAAGGACCGCGGACUUUACAAACGAGGAACAGGAGACGAUCAUGUGAAAGUUUGAAGAAUUGAAAGCUAUCAUAAACCUCAAAAGCAACACCGUCGCCGCUGCAAAAGCACGGAGGGAAUGCUGGCAGAAAAGUAAUCUUUGAUGCCAUUAUCACCCUGAAAUAGCACUGUUCAACAUGCGCUUUUAACUAAAGUGACAGUCCCCGAAUUGGAUGAUCUGUCCCCGGCUAAAGCUGUCCCCGAAAAUGUCCCUGAUUUAAGCGUUUCAUGAAUGAGAACAAAAAUGUUGCAUGUGGGCAAGAACAACGGUUAUUACAGUGGGUAGGAAGCACAAGUAAGCAGUCCUGAACAACAGUAUUUACCGGGUUAUUAUAAGGGGCGUGCGCUGCUACUAAAUAGUACCGAGAUGUUGUCUGUGAUCGCGCAGCCCAUGCCCAUUCAUUCCCAAGAUGAAUCAUUCAUUUGUUCAUUCCUAUCGUGUUUACAUGUUUUGUGUAAUAUGUCGGCCAUAUGAGCCUUUCAUAAAGGUGGUCAUCCGGAGAAAACUCUCCCUGAAAACUCUCGCGAGCCGGAGUGCUCCUCCUCGGACAAUGCGAGCACCGAGGUCUACAGGAUCCUCCAAGAACGGACAAGCCGUUUUUCGAGAGAGCUCAUUGGUCAGUGGGCGGGGUUUUUAUACUCGGUGAGUUCAAUCUGGAACUUAACCUGCCCCGGAGCAGUUUAGCCGUUCAGCGUAUGUUGCUAUGGAGACUCGCCUCGCUAAGAGGUGAACCCGCGUCGUAGAACAGGAAACCCCGAACCUAUCCUCAAAGUUACCUCGCUAAGCAGUAAUCCUGCUUCGUAGAACAGGCCCCAGGAGGCCUUCUCCAGAGGAUCUGAGGCUGCGAGUCGGCUCAUAAGGCUCUGAAAUGCACCUUGGAGCAAGUCCUUUGGUGCUUUAUACUGGGAACGACAAAAUAAGAUGAGACAUACUGCUUUGUUCACAAACAACAUCAAGUUUGAGGUAAAUUGCAUGUUCUUUGCAGAGGCUUUAAUGCCUGCAGUACAGUGUAUAACAACAUUUGACGUAAUUAAAAAGACACAAUACUGCAUUGUGGUCGGUGAGCCAGCUUUUAGCCUGCUCAAGGGUUUUAUGUAACACACCAGUGCUGCAGGAAGUGGCUUUGGAAAACACUUAAUGUCGAGGAUCCUCUUUGUGAGUGGUCAAGUAAGGAUGUUGCGUAAGGGAAGAGGGCUUUUUCAGUGGAAGGCAGGAAGUUUCUCAAGUUUCAACAUUUCCAAACAAGACUUGGUUUUAUUCUGUUUGCUUGAAAAAUUGUGUAUUCUUAAAGGUUGUGGUCUGGGACAUUGGAAAAUUGAACCCCCAGAAACUUCCCAACCUGAGAGGCAGUCUGAGUACGCAAACAGGGGCCCCUAAACCUGAUGAUAACCCUUCACUCAACAUUGACCUGAAGAUACAGCAGCUGGCUAUAUCAGGUAAAGCUCACCUCUUAAUCUCUGAACAAAGCUACGUUUAAAGUCCAUAAUCAUUUAUCCCAGUUCUUUCUCCACAUUUGUUUUUAAAUCAGAACAUUUCAGUGUUUGUUCACUCUGUUUGUCUUUCCUCUGCACAGGUCUGAAGGUGAGUCGUCUUGACAUGUAUGGAGAGAAGUACAAGCCGUUUAAAGGGGUCAAAUAUUUGACCAAAGCUGGGAAAUUCCAGGUGCGAACCUGAGCGAUGACGGUCAAAUCCAAAGGCCAACAAUCCAAUGUGCCAAAAAGGGGGCAAGGAGUCAGCCCUCCACUAAGUCUUACAUUUCCUGUGACUCUUUGUAAUUAAUGAACCAUUUUGCAUUCUAACAGUUAUUUAUUACGUCUUUGGCAUUAUGUUUCUACGCCUGGAUGGUGUUUGUGGCCUGUAAAGGGAAGCCUUAAUAACCCAUGUGACCUUGUUGAAGUGCUAUUAGUUUUCACUCUUUAUUUUUUUCAUUGUAUGGACCAUUGUUCUUUUUUUAUAACCUGUUGUAUUUUUGUCUAACACUUUCUGAGUGUUGCCAAAGGGGAAUAUUUUGGUUUAUAAAGGGACACUCACUGCUCUUCGCUUGCAUCUCACUCUUUCAGCACACCUCUACAAUCAUGAUCGCAUGUUUCAUGAGAACAAGCAGAAAAAUUGCCUUUUGAAAAUCUUUUUAAUUAACGCUAGGUAGCAACUUUUAUAUAUAUCUAUAUAUAUCUAUAUAUACACGCAUAUAUGUUUAUUUUUUGAAAUAUCUUAUAUUCUAUCUUUCUGAGUAGCUGCAGUGUGUGUUUGAACACUGUCUUUUGUGGAUGUGUUUGUACACACAAUCACUCCUUUAUGUGGCCUUCUUGGGUGCUUUGUACAGCACACUACAGCACAAACUGCAUGUUUUUGACACUGAGGGAUAAUAUCCAAAUAUGUCUCACAUUAAAGGUACAUAUCUCGACUAAUAGAGGUUGUUCAGCUCUAAAAGGGCCUGCAUUUGAGCUAAUAUGUUUGUUGGGAAAAGUUGUGUAAAAAGUACUCAGAACUCUUGUGCACAAUCGCCUCACUCAGCACAGACUUUGCACAAUCAGUGUCAACGUGAAAAAAUCUUUCUCACAGCACACGUAUGAAGUUGAAUCUGUAUUUCUGUGUAAAAGAUGUCAUAUAAAAAGCUUUAAAUAUGA